CCACGAUGGCUUCGGCAAACGAACCAACAACGCGACAAUGGCUGGCGUCGCUGGCCGAACCAGGCGUGCUUCUGGUGUGGGCCAUGUCUUACUAUGUGAAAACCAAUCUGGAAGCCGUUUUCCAACGAGGCCAGAUCCUCGCUCCACUACUAGAGACCAGCCGCCUCCGCGAUGAGGCGUUCGGCAAGUUCUGGCUCCAAUUCAGCUCCCUCCGAGAGGAUUCUAUUCAAUCCGCUCAGCCGGCCGCCGACCAACCUACUCCCCCCACGCAAGGCGAAAUCCAAGGCUCCUCGGACCUGAUUCCACCUAUUCUGGCCCAGGCCUCGGGUCUGGUCCUGGACGUGGGACCCGGCACCGGGACCCAGAUGCCGCUGCUACGGUCCCCGGCCAUCAAAGCCAUCUAUGGCGCCGAGCCUUGCCACGGACUGCACGAGGAGCUGCGCGCCCGGGCCAACGCCAACGGUCUCGGCGAGAAGUACCACAUCCUCCCCUGCAGCGUUGCGGGGUCGCAGCUGAACCCCGUCCUGCAGAAGAACGGGCUCGACCGCACGGACCGGGGAGUUUUCGACACCAUUGUCUGCGUGCGCGUCCUGUGCUCCGUGCCCGACAUGCAGCAGACCGUGAACGAACUGUAUGCCUUGCUCCGGCCCGGCGGCAGGCUGCUCAUCGUGGAGCACGUGGUGAAUCCGUGGCGGACGGCGAAGGGGUCCGUUGUGGCGAGGGCCCUGCAGACUCUGUACGGAGCCUUGGGCUGGAGCUUCUACGUGGGCGAUUGUUGUCUGAACCGCGAUACGGAAAAGGCGCUGCGGACCGCUGGCGAGUGGGAAUCCGUCGACAUAGAUCGGUGGUUUGGCCGCACCGUCAUGCCGUAUAUCUCGGGGGUUCUGGUCAAAAAGGCGUAGAUUACAGAGGUGUAUUUAGAUACGAUGGUGGUGGAGAAGAGAGGCCUCGUUGGUGCUCCGGUUGGACAGUUCCGAUGACUUUUGGCUUUUCGGUUUGUUAAGCUGUGAUAAAAGCAGACUGUGAAGUUGAUUUCUGGAGGGGAUACUCUUCGCAUGGAAGACUAGAGGGUAUCAAUAUC